AUGGUCGCCAGACCGGCGUCGGCGUCGUUGGGGCCGAUUGCUUCGACCUCGAGCUCGUCGUCCGCACUGGCAGCGGUCGUACCACCGCACCAGCACCCGCCGCCCCACUCGCCGCCUUCGGACUCGAAUGAGCGCGCACCCAAGAAGCAGAAAAGGGUCACCAAAGCCGUAGGUACAACGUCGCUCGCUGCAGAGAACGCUUGCUGCGCUGACACGCCACGCUCUCGCUCUCCCCGAGGCUGUGCCCCACCACCGUGAUUCCAUAUCCACCCUGUUCAUUGCUACAGUGCGAUCAGUCAGUCUGCUUGUGCACUGUAGCAAGCUGAUUCGUGAUCUCACAUCGCUGAAACCGUAUCAAACCCGGCGGAAUAGAUGCCGACGACGACGCGUCAAGUGCGAAGCUUUCCCGAAUGCCCCCUCGAUUGACUCGCCGUGUGUGAUCUGCACCGAGCAAGGCUCCGCCCACGAAUGCACCUUCACACGACCGACUCGUAAACGAGGUCCUCAAGCAGGUCUCACCAAGAAUCUUGCAGAGCGCAUCACGGGUCUCGAACGAUUCGUCGUAAGUGCCCCCUCUCAGUUCAGGAAAAACUCGGCUCGCUCAUCGACCGAUCACAUGCCCUGUGCACUUUAUCUCAGGGGUACUUGCUCGCGGUCGAAGGAGAAGAACUGCUCAUGGCCAAGUACCGAGCUUUUUUCGAUCAAAGUGAUUCGAGCACCGACGCUGCAGCUCAGAUGGCCGCUUGGAACCGAUCGCAGCUGUCCCACUUGCUCGAAAACCUCGUCAUCAGUCCCAACACGUCAUCGGGGCCUGCGAUUCUCAAGCAAGAGCAGCAACGCCUCGAUUCCGAACUAGGAGUACACGAUGUGGUCAUGGAUGGAUCCAGCCCCGCCAACGGUCGACCUUCGGCUCCAAGCCUGCAGGACUUGAGCCCGGCUGCUUCUGCUUCGACUCCAGGGACCGCCACUCGCGUCGGAUCGUUCGACCCCCGCUCUCGAUCUGCAGCGUCGCUGGACGCGUCCGAUACGUUUGCGAAUACUUUCAAUAG